AUGCCUCACGCAGAACCACCUGCUCAGCCUUCCCUCCACGGGGCCAACCUCUACGUAAAUGACGGCCGCUUCUCACCCUCAGAGGUAACACAGAUGCGAGUCUCUCACCCAGACGAGCCCCUCGACGUUCUGCGGGACCGCUACUACACGGACGGCCAUGUGUUCCUCAAGGGACUCCUACCUCGCGCUGACGUCCUCAAGGCCCGCGAGGCCUACUUCGCCAACCUAGCACACACAGGCGUCCUCAAGCCGGGCACCUCAAACGAGGAGGGCAUCUUUGACGACAGCAAGCCACCGACCGACUACCCGGGCAUCGGGGCGGGUCAAGACGCGCUCGAGAGGUCCACGGUCGCGGCGCAGUUCGUGGACGCGGCGCUCGCGCAGCACACGGCGGAGUGGUACUGGAACGAGGCGGGAGAGGGGUUCACACAGCACCCGGCGCUGCGGGAUUUCGUGGAGCGGUUCACGGGCUGGGGCGACAAGACGCUGCCGGUGAAGAGGACGCUGCUGCGCAACAACACGCCGGGCAACAAGGCCAUCGGUGUGCAUUAUGAUCAGAGCUUCCUGCGGUACGGCGAGCCGACGGCCGUGACGGCGUGGGUGCCCAUGGGUGACAUCGGCCUUGAGGGCGGCGGGCUGAUCUACCUCGAGGAUGGAGUGAAGCUUGGUGAGGAGAUCGAGAAUGACUUCUCGGCCAAGGCCAAGGCGGCGGGCAUGAGUGACGAGGAGAUGCGGAACGCCUUCAACUCCAAUAUGAUGAGUACAGGUUUCCUCUGCGACGGGCCCCAAGAGUUUGGGCGCAAGUAUGGAAGGAGGUGGCUCGCCACUGCGUACGAAGCUGGCGAUGUGGUGCUCCACCAGUCGCAUGCGAUCCAUGCUUCCACGAUGAACUUCGAUCCUGCAGGUAAGAUCAGGGUCGGGACGGACUUGCGGUUUGUGGACUCAUCAAGGCCAUGGGACAAGCGCUGGGACAAGCACUAUGAAAUUGGCGACGGGGUGUGA